AUAUAUAUGCAUAUAUGUAUAUGCAUAUAUGUAUGCAUAUGUAGGGAGAGAGAAGGAGAGAAGCUAAGAAAUUUUCUUAAACAGGAAAGAGUACUACGAAAAUAUAUAUAUUGACUUAGGUAAAACAAACUAAUCCAGAUUUAUAAAAUGACUGCGAAAAGCAUAUAUUAUAUAGAAAAGUUGAAGUCGCUUAUACGACAGAGUUCAACAGAUGAAACCGUUCAUUUUGUCAAGUAUUCUCAGUUUGAGAAUGAGAAAGAGCUCACAGAAAUAUUUGACGAUAAAAAAAAAUUCGGUAGCAUCACAGAGGAAAGCAAUGGUACUGCAUCGAUCUCCGAUGUAAAAGAUGGUAAACAGACUUUAGGAAGUCCGCACCAAACUCCUGUUAUGGACGCAGUGGAUGCUAAAUUAGAAAGAAACCGAAUCACAUCCUGGCAGGCUGGUUGGAAUGUGACAAAUGCUAUUCAGGGAAUGUUCAUAGUUAGUUUUCCCUACACUGUUGUCCAAGGAGGUUACUGGGCUCUCGUAUCUAUGAUUGUUGUGGCCUACAUUUGUUGUCAUACCGGUAAAAUAUUGGUGGAAUGUCUGUAUGAAGUAGAUUCAAAUGGUUAUUUAGUACGUGUCAGACACAGCUACGUGGAAAUUGCUGAAGAAGCCAUGGGGAAAAGAUUCGGUGGUAAGAUCGUCAACGUCGCUCAGCUGAUAGAAUUACUAAUGACUUGCAUUCUGUACGUAUUACUCAGCGGGGAACUGAUUUUGGGAAGUUUCCCUGAGUCGCCUAUCAGUCUCACAUUCUGGAUAAUGAUUGCAACAACUCCGCUACUGAGCUACGCUUUUUUAAAGUCCUUGCGUGGUGUCUCUUGGCUCAGUUUUUGGUGCACCAUGGCUCAUAUGGCAAUUAAUGCAUUUAUUUUAAUUUUUUGCUUUACACGGGCCUCCGAAUGGCAGUGGAAAACAGUCCAAAUUAAAGUUGAUAUUUGGACAUUCCCCAUUUCCAUUGGUAUUGUAGUUUUCAGCUAUACCUCACAAAUAUUUCUACCAACACUAGAAGAAAACAUGGAAGAUCGUUCCCGGUUUCACUGCAUGAUGCAUUGGACUCACAUCGCAGCAGCAUUUUUCAAAGUGUUGUUCUCGUAUAUCUGUUUCUUAACAUGGGGAAAUGGAACGCAGGAAGUGAUCACAAAUAAUUUACCAACUCAGGGCCUAAAGAUUAUCGUCAAUUUAAUUCUUGUAGCAAAAUCCACUCUUUCCUAUCCACUUCCAUACUAUGCAGCUGUGGAGAUGAUUCAGACUACAUAUUUCAACGGAAAACCUUCGACUUAUUUUCCUUCUUGUUUUGACGAGAACUGUCGCCUCAAAAUAUGGGCAGGAUGUCUGAGAAUUGGUCUUGUCCUAGCAACAAUGGUAAUGGCUAUAUUUAUUCCUCAUUUCGCAAUACUUAUGGGUUUGAUUGGUAGCUUCACUGGCACUAUGCUUUCUUUUGUUUGGCCGUGUUUCUUUCAUAUCAAAAUUAAAGGCAAAAUACUUCCAUGGUACACAAAAGUAUUAGAUAUCAGUAUCAUUAUAAUCGGCGUUGUUGUAGGUUCCAUUGGAAUAUAUUAUUCUUUCAGGGCACUUAGUCUAGCUUUCCGUGGUAUACCAACAACACCAUUUCAUGCGAGGGACUUUCACAAAAGUCUAUAGGCUAAGGAUUUUACAUAUGUUAUUGCUGUUCCAAAAUAUAUCUGUUUUUAAAAUAUUUUGGUUUCAUGCAUUUUGACUUUGAAUAGUGAUGUUGCCGUUAUUUACUGAUAUAUCAUGUUCUUCAAAAGAUGUAUAGAAUAGAGUUUCUAUAUUUUUGUCAAAAUCAAGAGACAGCUCUAUGCAUUUUAUAUCCUGCAAUCCCUCCUCUAAGAUGAAAAUGAAUACUGAACACUCAAUAGUAAUAAAUUGUUAAAAAGAAAUUUCAUUAAUUCUAGAUAAUGUUAAAUUAUUGCUUUGGUUUUUGAAAGAAAAAUUCGGCUUAGAUAUCUUGAAUGCGAUCUUUAAUUAUCAUAUGUAGAUUAUCAGUGGCCUGCAUAGUUUCUAAAUAUACUUUCACAUUAAUCAUCAUAUUAAUGUGAAUAUUCAACAAACAUUUAAAAGUUUGUUUGUUUAUUCUUUAUUUAGCUAUAUUCGAGAGCCAUUAUUUCCGCUUAUAUAUUGUACAUAGACGCUAGUCAUAGGCCCAACUAAUUUCUGCUUAGUUGUACGGCACACUCAGCGACUAAAUACCUCGAUUACCAGAUGUACAUUGUGAGGUUCGUGUACUAUCAUACAUAAACAUAUGUGUGUGUUCGUGAGUGAGUGCUUGUAAGUGUGGUUUAUUUUAUAUGUAUGUAUGUAUGUAUGCAUGUGUGUAAAUAGAUGACAAAAGAAUAAAAAAAACACACAAAAAGAAACAAGAAGAUGGGAUGAGUUCAAGAUCAAAAUUAUUAGACUCAGAGAAACGGAAGUAAUUAGUUAUGUUUCGACAUUGUCUUUCUUCUGAAAUGAGUGUAUAGUGGAAACAGAGAAGGAAAGGUGAAGAAAAACAGAAAACAAUAAAUGAGCAAUGUUAACAAAAUCCCACGUGAAGCUUGUCUACGAAGGAGCUGUUGACUCAUAAUUGCACACAGCGCAUUUUUGUAUAUAUGUUUCUGCAGCAAAAGAUUGUGUGAACAAGAAAUGUAAAAGUAAGACCUCAAAACGAACCAUAGAGUUCUUUCUUAUUCAUUAGAAGCUGGAAAUUUUAGUAACUGUUACUCCGAGUUUCUCAUUACCAAUCUUCGGACGGUAGAUCCGAAGAUUGACAAGUGAAGUUCUGAAUAAUGUUUUCUGAACCUUUCAUGUAUAGAUAGAUAGAUAGAUAGAUAGAUGGAGGGAGGUGGGGAGAGAGAGGGAGAUAAAUUGAUUGAUUGAUAGAGAGAGAUCCGUAGAGAUGUAUACAUGUCCGUGGGUGUGUAUGCUUGUCACUAGCUAGGAUAAUUAGGCUGGAAUUAACUUGGUUUUCCAUGGCAUAAAAAUGAAGAGAGUACAAUACUUUUUUUCCCGAAACGGAACGUCAGUCCGUCGCAGAAUUCAGCCCCUGCUGAAGCUGUUACUCAUUUUCAUCUGAGUGAAUUGGAGCAACGUGAAGUAGAAUGUCUUACACAAAGCGCCUCCCUGGCCGGGAAUUGAAACUAUGAUCUUAGGAUCGAGAGUCAUUUGUUUAACGUUUCUAAAUAAGGCUGAUUGUCAAGUAAUAAUGUGCAAAUCUUGUCUGUAUUAAUUUGGAUUGUGUGAAGAAACCAACUGUUAGACGAGAUCUCGGUGUUAUAAUAGCUUUGUUUAGAAGCUGUGGUUGUCUCACAACUUAGAAUCAUUAUAUUGAACGAUCAGGCAUGCUUUUUUUUUGUGGUUUUUAAACUUGAGUAAUUCAAAUAUAUUUCAAACUACUAACACAAUGUGUUUUCAGUGCUCUUGUCUUUUGCUUGUCUUCUUAAGCUUUCUGGCUCCAUACACACACACACACACACAACACACACACACACACACACACACACACAA